AUGUUAAAAUAAAUCAUACUAAAUGCUAGAAGAGGAACUCUCUUUUCAUAAGCACAGCUUUUAUAAAGAUCAAGCUAUGCAUUCUCAGCACAAGCUGCUCAAACAUCUACCCCCGGCCCAAUUGAUAAGAAAGUUUGGAAGAACGCUUUAGAGGCUACAUAUGAUGUUAAAGAUGGAUCUACCAUUUUGGCUGGUGGUUUCGGUCUCUGCGGUAUCCCUGAAAAUUUGAUUAAGGCAAUAGCUAAGCAUGAUGUCAAGGAACUUACACUAGUAUCAAAUGAGUGCGGUACAAAUGACUACGGUCUGUCUUUGCUUUUAAGAAAGCAUCAAGUAGCAGCAGUACAUGCUUCAUACAUUGGAGUGAACAAAGUUUUUGAGUAACAGUAUCUCAGUGGAGAAGUUGAAGUUCACCUUACACCUCAAGGAAAUCUUGCUGAAAAGAUUAGAGCUGGUGGUGCUGGUAUCCCUGCUUUCUAUUCACCAACUGGUGCAGGAACCCUCCUAGAAACUGGAUAAAUUCCCACUAAAUACGGCCCUGGAGGAAAAGUUUUGAGUUACAGCAAACCAAGAGAAGUCAGAGAAUUCAACGGCAAAAGAUAUCUCUUAGAAGAAGCAAUAACAGGAGAUUUUUCUUUUGUCAAAUGCUGGAAAGCUGAUAAAGAUGGUAACUUGGUGUUCCAUGUAACAGCAAGAAACUUUAACCCAGAUUGUGCAACAGCUGGAAAGAUUGUCAUUGCAGAAGCUGACGAAAUUGUGGAAGUCGGAGAACUUAAACCAGACGAGAUUCACUGCCCAGGAAUUUUUGUUGAUAGAGUAGUCAAGGGUAUUAACGAGCAAAAGAGAAUAGAGAAGCUCACCUUAAAGAGUCCAGGCGGGCCACAAAUCUCAGCUAAGACUGAGGAAGAGAGAGUGAUGAGAAUCAACAUUGCUAGAAGAGCUGCUAAUGAAAUCAAGCCAAAUAUGUAUGUGAACUUAGGUAUUGGUAUGCCCACAACUGUUGCAAAUUUCGUUGAUCCAGCAAUGAAUGUCUACUUCCACGCUGAGAAUGGUCUUCUAGGUAUUGGAGAGUACCCAGAAGUUGGUCAUGAAGAUCCAGAUCUUAUCAAUGCUGGUAAAGAGACAGUCACAAUCAAAAAAGGAGGAGUUAUCCUUCCCUCAUCAAUGGCUUUCAGUGUUAUCAGAGGAGGACAUCUUGAUAUGACUAUACUCGGAGGACUUCAAGUAGGUUCAAAUGGAGAUCUUGCAAACUGGAUCAUUCCAGGCAAGCUUGUUAAGGGUAUGGGAGGAGCCAUGGAUCUAGUAAGUUCAGUUAAAAGAAUUGUCGUCUUAAUGGCAUUGACAGAUAAAUUCGGAGACAAAAAGUUUAGAAAAGCUACAGAUCUACCAGUUACUGGACCUAAAUGUGUCUCAACUCUUAUUACAGACAAAGCAGUUUUCGAAUUUACACCAAACGGAGUAGUCCUAAAAGAACUAGCUAGAGGUACCAGCUUAGAAUAACUAAGACAACUAACGGAUGUUGAUUUCAGAAUCGCUGAGAACCUUGGUGUUAUGGAAGAAAACUUUUCAAAGUAUGAAGGUGGAAAUGAUGAUGAUGAUAUUUUCAAGUGA